UUAGAGUGAACAAAUCACAAAUUUUCAUUGCUCAAUUAAUUUUUUUUAAAUUUUUAUCCACAAAAUAACUUGAUGAGUCAUCAAAUUUCAUCGCUCAAUUCAUUACCAGAAGAGCUUCUUAUAGAAAUAUUUGAGUAUUUGCCAGCAUGGAGUCUCAUUCAGCUCACAAAAUGCUCUAAAUUCCUCAACACAUUCGUCAGUUCCAACAAUAAUUUGCUAAGCAAAAUUGAAGUUUUGUUGACAGAAAAUAAAAAUAAUAAAAAUUGGAUUGGAAGUCGAAAAUACUCAAAAAUAAAGUUCUCAAGAUGUGAUCUGAAUCAAUUUAACUUCAUAUUCAUAGACAUCGGUGAGUCUAUAAAAGAAAUGACACUUCAAGACUGUCAAAUUAAUGCAAAUUAUUUCAAAAAACUUCUCACAAAAUGUGAAAAUUUGAGAAUUUUGGACCUCGUCAAUCAGGACGAGCCGAUUGAUUUCAAACUUGUUGAUUUCCUGGAUCCACUGCCAAAAUUGAAACUCAAAAAGUUGUCACUAACAGCAGUUAAUGGAAUCUUCAACAUCCUCAUAAAAUGCAGAAUUUCGGACCUGGAAGUUCAUCUCAGAAACAAGGAUUCAAUUUUCGGCUACAAAGAAUUCAUUGAAAUGCAGAAAAAGCUCAAAAGCCUGACAAUCAUCAAUUAUACAGAAGAUAUUAAAUUUUUCGAGACUGACUACCUAAACGUCGUUGACUUCCGCCUAGAAAGUUUGACACUAAAAAAUAUCAAAAACUUUGAAUCCAUCCAUUUUGAGGAAUUUCUGCUGAAUCAUCGAAAAAGAUUGAAAAGUUUGACAAUUGAUCAUUGCAAUGCAUCAAUACUGACACUUUUUAGAGACUUUAAGGACAUCAAGAAUCUCACAAUCUCUUGCAUGUGGAUUGAUUCCAUUAAUUUGAGGUUAAACUUUAUUCAGUCGGUCAAAAGUUUGACUGUCAACAAUGUCAGUGGAAAUUGGUCAGCAAAAUUCACAAACUUACAAAAUUUACACAUUGAGAACUGCGUCGUGUACCAAAAUCACAUCGAUCAUUUUGAGAAGCUCAACAAUUUAACGAUCAAGUGCUGCGCAAUGCCUGAAAUCAUUUUACCACCAAAUGUUGAAACUUUGGUGCUGAAUUUUGUUGACUUUUUUGACUGUAAGCCUUUCACUUAUGAGCUGUGCAACAUAAAAUAUUUAAAGAUUGAAGAUUGUGAGGAUGUCGAGUGGCUAAGCGACUAUUUAAGACAUGGACAUGUGAGACUGGAGCAUUUAAGGAUCAAACAUACUAAAUUGAACAAAGAAUUUAUGAAAAAAGUUGAGAAAAAUUUACAUAAAGUUAAAAUGUUUGAGAAGAUUAAUCAUCUUAUGAUUAAAGUUAGCACUUAUUAAGGAGAAUAUUAAUAAAAACUGAUGAUAAUUAAAC